ACCCACCUGAGGAAUACAAAUACCCCCAAAACAAAAUUCUUUCCCCUUUCCCGCAAACCAAACACCGACUAUAACAAUAUCUCCAUCUCCAUAAAUAAAUGAAGAAAUCAGCAAUAUCAACGGUGAAAAAUAGAGGAAUCCAAACCGAACCGGAGAAGCUGACGGAGCCGGAGAUGAACGCGGCCUUGCAGCUUAUUCAGCUCAGCGGCGAUUCCGAUAGCAGCGCCCGUGACAUUGAUCAUACCGCCGGCGACAGUUGGAGAGUAGUGAUCGCAGAAAAGGAGCACGUCGAAGAAGAAAGCGUUGGUGACACGGCGGAGGUAUCAUCAACAGUCGUCAAUAUGGAAGAGACUUUCGACGAAGCUGAUAAAGGUUUUCCCCCUAAGAAAAGGAAGUUUCGAUCCAUCUCCGCUCUUUAUCAGGUUACUAAACCUUUGAUCCUUAAGAAUAAGCAUCGUAAGUUUAAAUUCAGUAUCUAAAUACGUAUAUUUGCCCCCUCCCCUAAAAACAAAAGUAAGGAAAAAGAGAUGUAAAAUAUUUUGUGUAUAUCUAACAAUAUUAAUAAAUGUUGACAAGUACUUUUAUUGUAGAUAUUUUUGGUGUAGUAUAUAGGGUUAUUAUCCUUUUAGGCUUUAACUAA